ACUAUAUAAAAAGUACAGUUGUACCUUUUUCUUUUUAUUCUUAUCUCAUAAUAAUUAUCUGCUACCUCAAUUAUACAACUUCUUUAAUAUUUGUUAAAUAAAUACACUUGUAUAUAAUUAUUACUGUAUAAUUAUAGAGUCAAAAUGUGAUGGCUUUUAGGGAAACGGAUAUUAGUUGUAUGUUGGCCUAGCUUGUUUGAUAAGUCUAUCUUUUCGGGGUGUUUGUAUUGUGGCUUAUUUGUACUUGACUUAUCUUCUGUAAGCCUGGUUUUAUUUUUGGACUUAUGAGCUUAUCAUGACUUGUAAUUACAAAAUAUUUUACUACUUAGUAAUGUCUAUGAUGAACACUAGUCCCCAGGUAACUAUUAUGCAAAUUGAUGAGCUGAUCUGUUGACAUGUCAGCUUCUAUUAGGAUAAUAUAGAUUACACAAGCAGUUAAACUGUCCUUGUCAUUUUUGUUAAUUUUAUUACUUGUUUACUUUCUGUAUAUAGAAACCAAGAAAAAAUAGACAUGGCUCAUAUUGAUAAUAUGUAUAUAUAUAUAUAUAGAGAGAGAGAGAGUUAGAAGUUAAUCCAUUAUUUUUGAUAACAAUAUUUGGUGCAAGAGUCGAGUGUCAUGGAUGCCCCUAAAGAGUCUGGACUUCGUAAUGUUAGCUCAGUUUGCUCCAUCCUAGAAAUGGAUGAUUUUGAUCUCACUAAGCUUUUGGAUAAACCGAGGCUUACCAUCAAAAGGGAGAGGUCAUUUGAUGAGAGGUCUCUUAGUGAGAUGUCUUUAACAAGGGGUCUAGAUAAUUUGGAACUAGCAUAUUCUCCAGGGGGACGGUCUGGAUUAGAUACCCCAGCUUCGUCUACUCGUAACUCUUUUGAACCCCAUCCAAUGGUUGCUGAAGCUUGGGACUCUCUUCGUAGAUCGUUGGUCUAUUUCAGAGGCCAACCAGUUGGCACAAUUGCCGCAUAUGAUCAUGCAUCAGAGGAAGUUCUUAACUAUGAUCAGGUCUUUGUACGGGAUUUUGUGCCAAGUGCACUUGCUUUUUUAAUGAAUGGUGAACCAGACAUAGUAAAGAAUUUUCUGCUGAAGACCCUCCAACUUCAAGGGUGGGAAAAACGAAUUGAUAGAUUCAAACUUGGGGAAGGAGCAAUGCCCGCUAGUUUCAAAGUACUUCAUGACCCAGAACGUAAAACGGAUACAAUCGUGGCCGAUUUUGGUGAAAGUGCCAUUGGAAGAGUUGCACCAGUUGAUUCUGGUUUCUGGUGGAUUAUAUUACUCCGUGCAUAUACGAAGUCUACCGGAGAUCUAACACUAGCUGAAACACCAGACUGCCAAAAAGGAAUGAGGCUUAUUUUAACUUUGUGUUUGUCAGAGGGUUUCGAUACAUUUCCUACCUUGUUGUGUGCAGAUGGAUGCUCUAUGAUUGACCGAAGAAUGGGAAUAUAUGGUUAUCCUAUAGAAAUACAGGCUCUUUUCUUUAUGGCAUUGAGAUGUUCCUUAGCUAUGCUCAAACUUGAUGCGGAAGGAAAAGAAUUCGUGGAAAGAAUCACGAAGCGGUUGCAUGCUUUGAGCUUUCACAUGAGAAGUUAUUUCUGGAUUGACUUCCAACAAUUAAAUGAUAUCUACCGUUAUAAAACAGAGGAGUAUUCUCACACUGCUGUAAAUAAGUUCAAUGUUAUUCCUGAUUCAAUCCCAGAUUGGGUUUUUGAAUUUAUGCCAACACGUGGUGGUUACUUUAUUGGAAAUGUGAGUCCAGCAAGGAUGGACUUUCGUUGGUUUGCUUUAGGUAACUGUGUUGCUAUCUUAUCUUCACUUGCAACUCCUGAGCAAGCUUCUGUAGUUAUGGAUCUUUUUGAAGCACGUUGGGAAGAGCUUGUGGGGGAUAUGCCUAUUAAGAUUUGUUAUCCAGCAAUUGAUAGUCAUGAAUGGAGAAUCGUAACCGGUUGUGAUCCUAAGAACACUAGAUGGAGUUACCACAAUGGAGGAUCUUGGCCAGUUCUUCUAUGGUUACUAACAGCUGCCUGCAUCAAAACUGGGAGGCCUCAAAUAGCAAGACGUGCAAUAGAACUUGCUGAAAGCCGCUUACUAAGAGAUGGAUGGCCCGAGUAUUAUGAUGGAAAGAAGGGAAGAUACAUCGGUAAGCAGGCAAGGAAAUAUCAAACAUGGUCAAUUGCGGGAUAUUUGGUAGCAAAAAUGCUGUUAGAAGAUCCCUCACACUUGGGGAUGAUCUCUCUUGAAGACGAUAAACAAUUGAAACCUAUUAUUAAAAGAUCUUCCUCGUGGACUUGCUGAAGGGUGAGUAAUCUAUUUUUACUUUAUGAGGACUAUAAGGUGAUUGAAUUCUGUCUUGCGUAGGUUGUAUUGAGUGUUCCAUUUUGUGUACAAUAGCAUUUGACACAUCUACAUUAUUGCUUCUUUAAUGAGACAAUAAUGGUGAUGCUCUUUAUUUGUGUUAUAUAAUGUUCUUGAAUGUUUCCAA